GGAGGCCCCUACUUUUGAUGAAUGCCCGACUGACAUUGCAGUUUACACUGAGAGGAGUAUGAAUGAGACCAAUGUCCGGUGGUCUGUCGAAGCAUCAGAUAACAGUGGUAGUGACCCUCAAGUGACCUGUGACCUCUAUUCUGGGGUCAUGACCGCGGGCAUGUAUGCAGUCACCUGUAUAGCAAGAGAUGAGACCGGGAAUGAAAACAUCUGCAGGUUUUCAAUAGAUGUCAUUGUACGUAAGUGUCAAGAAGCAUAUGAGCCUCCUUUGUUUGGAACCCUGGUUGGGUCAUGUGACAGGUCACAUGGUUCUGUGUGUCACCUGACCUGUCUGAUUGGUUAUUCAUUGGUUGGUUCAUCUGAAGCAAGCUGUGAAUUUAAUGGAACAGACAUGUACUGGAACACCGAGGAAGAUCCAUUCUGUCAAGUUAUUGGAUGUGACCACUUGGUUGUAGAUUCCAGCGUUUCUGCUUCUCCCUCAUCAUGUAUAACAUCAGACAAAGUGCAUUCUGGGACAACUUGCACACUUCAUUGUGAUCUUGACCUCACACUUGAUGGGGGUCUUGAAUCUGUGACCUGCUUAGAAUCUGGUCACUGGAGCUCUGAUUUGGGUACUAUCGGUCAACUAAGAUGUCUUGAUCUCACAGCUCCAACACUCACAUCCUGUCCCGUUGAACCUAUCACGGCAAUGCGCACUGAAUUCUGGGGAGUGGAAGUGACCUUUGACCUCCCUAAUGCAGCAGACAACAUCGACAGUGAUCUUACAAUGAUAACAGAUCCCAUUGACCUAACGUCGCCGUAUAACUUCACGACCGACACCAAAUGUAGUUUCUCCUUUAGUGACCAUUCAAACAAUACAGCUACCUGUGUCUUCCAAGUUUACGUGACCAAUAAUGUUCGCCCAGUCGUGCAAUUUUGCCCACCAGACCAGAACAUCACAACUUUGACGAAGAUGACAGCGGUUAAGUGGGACGAUCCUGUGUUCCUAGCUCCUCCGGGGAUUGACAUCAUUGAGAACUGUAACCAUGGCAGCAACUCUGCUCUGCUUCCGUGGGGUCACCAUGCUAUCUUAUAUCAGGCCAGUGACGGCAUGAAUGGAUUGAAGGCAGAAUGUCGUAUCAACCUGGACAUUGAACCUGUACCUUGUCAUGAUCUCCACAUCCCUGCAAACGGUGCGUUGGCCUGCGAUGAUGGCUUUGCGUACGGACGUUACUGUACAAUGGUUUGUAACAAGGGCUAUGACAUCCCUCGUCUGAGGUCCUCCGAUUCGCCCCAGACACUCUUCAUUUGUGGCUCCUCCGGCGUUUGGUCCCCUCACUCUUACGUACCAGAUUGCUCAAGACGACGUAACCCAAGGCGAAUGAACCUUCCACUGAGCAUGAUGUACUUCGAAGGAUUAUGCGACAGUGGUGACAACCAGUCAGUGAAUACCAUAUCAGAGAAGUUUGUGAGCAUCAUCACCCAUACGGACUUUGCAGAGAUCUGCACCCUGAACCGGCUUUGCAAGGUGGACCAUGUCAGGGUCACAUGCGGACGAGGGAACGAUCGUCGGAAACGUGAUGCCAGUGCAGAGAAGUUGGGAGAGGCGUCUGGCAUUGCUGCUGUAUCAAUGGUUCUGAGUAUGGUGUUGGAUGAAGAUCUAUCUGAGAAUAAGCAAAACGAGACAGAGUUCAUGUACCAAUUAGCACGGCACAUCCAUGAACACACCCAGGAAGCUAUAUUUGGUGGCAGCGGUGGGGUUUCAGAUGAAGAUACUCAAACUGGUCCAUUGUAUGGUGUCAGGAGUGGGAUUUCAGAUGAAGGGCUUCAAGCUGAUCCAUCAUAUGGUGUCAGGAGUGGGAUUUCGAAUGCAGAGACUCAAGCUGGUCCAUUAUAUGGUGUCAGGAGUGGGAUUUCAGAUGAGGAGACUCAAGCUGGUCCUAUUUACGGUGUCAGGAGUGGGAUUAGAAGGAACUCACUGGUGUCUGCAGACAGAGACCUUGAUCUGUGGCUUGAUGAGAUCACCUCUGAAUGUGAUCCUGGAUACAUUCCAGAUCAUCGUCAUCACUCAUGCAUUGCCUGUCCCACUGGGCACUACUUCCUUCACUCAUCUGGAGAAUGUGUUCGAUGUGAAAGGGGCUUUUAUCAAGAUGAUCAAGCUCAAAGUCAAUGCAAGCCAUGUGCGGAGGGAACCUUUACCAGUGAGCCAGGAGCAAGGAGUGCUACUGAUUGUGAAGUGCAAUGUCAGCCUGGUUACUAUUCCUCAUCUGGUUUUUCUCCCUGCAUCCCUUGUGAAGAAGAUCGGUUCUUACCCCUGAGAGGUCACUCGGAAUGCUUUCACUGUCCAAAUGGACUGUCAUCUCCUAGUGGAUCAACAUCACUUCAGGAUUGUCAAGAGCCAUGUCCAUCGGGUCAUUAUUCGCCAUCAGGAUAUCAACCGUGCUUACCUUGUCCACCGGGUUCAUACCAACCAUUCAGAAAACAGAAACAUUGCACGGUCGGACUGUAAGAUACAAGACGGCGGCAUGGUACCGAAGGUGCAAAGUAUAUCAAAGAAUGCACAAUGCAGGAGUAAUAAGGGGAAGCAAUCUACCGGUGUUGUUGUUUUACAAUACAACAUACUUUUUAAAUGAAAUUUUAAAGGUGAGGUCACGGAUCAAACACAUGAACAUUGGUUUGUAAGGCUUGCGCCUAUCCUCAAGUGAAGAGCUACACAUCAGCAUUGGAAUGGACACAGUCUUCAAGUCUGGCAUACGAGCGGGGUGCUUGCACAAAUUAAGAAAUAGCAAUCUAUCGACCGGAAAUUAAGUUCAUAGUCGUAAGAGCAGACAAAAGAACAGGAAAUGACUAGGGAAUGAUAAUCUAUGGAAGUCGCAGAGGAUCCCCAUUGGCUUACAAAGGUCAAUUUACAAUAAACAAACCAACUGUUUGUAAGGGAAUGGAACUGGUAUUGGUUCAGUUCAUGUCUAAAGAGCAGUGGCUAGCAUUUUAUUUUUCAAUAAAAGAUUUCACAAUGUGACUUGUAUAAUCCAGAAAUUUUCCUCUUAAAAGAAGCAUGUACUUGUAUGUAGGAAUCAAUGUGUCUCAUGAAUGAUGCACUAGCAAGAUAUUUUCAUUUUUUUAGUGAAAAUGGCAUUUGAAAAUGAUUAUGUCACAUGACAUGUGGAUGUGUGGUGUCACAUAUUUGACAGAUACACAACUCUUGUUAUUAUUUGAUCGAUUUCUGUCAAGUCUUCACUAUUGUGUUUGUGUCAUAUUUCUGCUCAUAUUCAAAAUUAAUCAGACAUCAGGAUAUAAUAUAUUACUUUCACUUAGUGGCUAGCAUACAUCUAUUAUUUUUCAAUAAAAGAUCUCUCAAUGUGACUUGUAUAAUCCAGAAAUUUUCCUCUUAAAGAAGCAUUUCAAGCAAAUGUUUACCCUAUUGUGCAUUCAACAGGUAAAUUGUAUCUUUGUUGUACAAUGUUUGAAGUUGUCCACACUUUGGUCAAAUUAAUGAUUUGAGGACAGGUAAUAUCUUAUUCACUGUUAUGUUUGUCUCGUCAUUUCUCUUCAUAUUCAAAAUGAACUAGACAUUAGGAUGUAAAUUACUUUCCCUGUAUUUCAAAGCAAAUGUACAUGUAUGCCCCAUCAUGCAGUAUGGAUAAUGUACAAUGCAUAUUAUCUUUGUUCGAAUAAAAUUGUCCACACUUCGUUUUAAGUAGGACUAUUGAUAAUUAAUAAUUGAUAACCAGAUUAUCUGUCAUCAAAUUCACAAUCUGUUGUCAUGUUUACUGUAAAUAUCUUAUUUGUAAAUAAACUUGAAGUAUUAGCAGUAGUAGUAGUAGUAGUUGUAGAAUAACUACAAGUAGUUGUCAUAGUGUAAAUACAGGAAGCUGUAUGAGUUGCUAGAAAUAAAUAGAUUAAAAUACAUUGAAUGCAUCUUUUUAAUGAUGGUCAUUUUUUUAUGGCUUUUGUUUUUAUAUUUCAAUGUUAAAAAAAAAAUGCAAUAAACAUGUAUCAUUCAUUUUGCAAUGUACUCUACAACAAUGACAUUGAUCAAUAAAAAAGAAACAGAAAUCACUUC